AGAUACGCGACGCAAAAGAAAUUGUGAGUCCUGAGCUCAUAAUGAUGACACUGAGAAUAAGGAAAGCUAAAUCCACGUAAAGGAAAGGAAUUUUAAACGAACAAGCCGUAAGGGUGGUGUUCUGUGAGUGAUCCUUAGCUGUUGAUUUACCUAUUGAUUUACCGCGGAAACAAUGCAAGUGUUUAUCAUCGUCUUGAUUGCACAAGUAAUCGCUUCACUCGUUAAUCCUUGUUCCUAUGAUGAAAGUCUCAGUCACUCUUCAGCUAUCAAAACAACAGCCAGCCACAUGCUAAGCGGAUUCACCUUUAGGAGUCAGCGGGUUUAUGACAUUUUAAAAUGCGCACAAUUAUGUCUUGGUGAUAAUCGCUGCCUGUCCUUCAACUAUGAGGAUAGAAUAGAUGGGGAGUGUCGGCUGAACAACCAAACUGCUGUCGCACAAGACGACUCUCUUUAUUACUCCAAACGCUUUACAUAUGGUGAGAUGCGAGAUCGGCAACGUUCGGGCAAUCAAGACUCAGAUUGCGUGUUCGUCUUCACCACCCUGGGUGCCAAGGGCAAACGUGGCCCAAUCGACACACACGGCUACAAUGGAACCAACCUGGAUGGAUCUGUUACUCUUGAUAGUGGCCUGCAGUUGUGGAGGGUUCCACAGACGGCGGUGUAUUCCAUCGAAGCCAACGGCGCAUCAGGUGCUAACGGUACAUGUAAGAAUGAUUCAGAAGUGUGUCACAGAGGAGGACUGGGAGCCAGGAUCAUAGGAUCAUUUCACCUCGUUAAAGACACCAUGCUUACGAUCCUUGUAGGACAGAAAGGUCAACUUGAUAAGGAAUUAGGAUUAUCCGGGGGAGGAGGGGGUGGAGGAAGUUUUGUCGUUAGUACUGACCAACAGCUGCCUUUGGUAGUUGCAGGUGGGGGAGGGGGUGGGGGGAAACCUAUAACGGGACUCCAAGAUGGCGACCCAGGCCAGGAAAAGGAAAAUGGCAGUAGAUGUGGAGGUUUGAACGGAAAGGGAGGGAAAUUUUGCAACAGUUUGGGUGCACAGAUAACCCAGCUUUACGCAGGCUCAGGAGCUGGUUUCUAUGGAGACGGGGUAUAUUUCCCUGGGAUUUGCAGUGGCGCACAAAGCUUUUCUAAUGGCGGCUUAGGGGGUGAAGGACCAUCAUCUACAGCUACUGGGGGAUUUGGUGGGGGAGGGUAUGGGAUGGAACACGGAGGUGGCGGUGGGGGGUAUAGUGGAGGAGGUAUUGUUGGUGCUCCUAAAGAGGGCUUCGCAGGGGGAGGGGGCUCGUUCAACUCGGGUUCUUCACAGGCAAAUAAAGCGGGGGUCAGUUAUGGGGACGGUAGAGUAAUAAUCACGAUGCUUCAGCGAAAAUAA